UUCUCUCUCACAUCCAUGUCUGUCUCUGUCUUUCUCUCUUUCUCACUCUCAAACCAAUCAACACCCCCAGAUGACGAUUAAAAAACAACAAUCCAAGUGGGAGGAGAGGAAUGUCAAGAAUUCAUGAAUUUCUAGAACUGACAGAUUUCUGGAAAUCUCGAGAGGCAGCUUUGGACAAAUAAAUGCAAGCUGUGCCUUACGCAAUCAGCAGGGAACCGGUCUGCGAAACUCAGUAGCCUAAUAGUAAAGGCUGAACAUUCUUUAUCCAUCUUUAUAUAUAAAUACACCCUCUCAAACUCAACAAAUGUUGAGUCCCUGCUGGUCCCUGCCUUCAUGCUUGAUAAGGCCACUUUAAAAAACGAUAAUGUGCUUCAGCGUCCCAUACAGUCUUAGUACACCACAAGUGCUCAAUAAAUGCUGUUACUAAACCAUUAAUUAAUUACAGUAGCUGUGAGAGCCACUGUCUUUAAGACACGUCGACCUCCGAUCUAGAGUAUAUAUCCCAAGAUGCUCUUUGCCUGGGUCCCGCCACCAGUUGCAUUCUGGGGCUUGUAGUUCGGAAGUAAGCGACGGCUUCAUCAGCACGCAGGCGCAGUGACGCGGGUUCCCGGAAGAGCGCCGGCGGCUCCCGCGAUGAGCAGCUGGCGGUGGCUGCAGCCGCCGCGGCGCUGACUGGACACGAGCUCUAUGCCUUUCCGGCUGCUGCUCCCGCUCGGCCUCCUGUGCUUGCUGCUGCCACCGCACCAGGGCGCGCCGGGCCCGGAUGGCACCGCGCCCGACCCCGCCCACUACAGGGAGCGCGUCAAGGCCAUGUUCUACCACGCCUACGACAGCUACCUGGAGAAUGCGUUUCCCUACGACGAGCUGCGACCCCUCACCUGCGAUGGGCACGACACCUGGGGCAGCUUUUCUCUGACUCUAAUUGAUGCUCUGGACACCUUGCUGAUUUUGGGGAAUGUCUCAGAAUUCCAAAGGGUGGUUGAAGUGCUCCAGGACAACUUGGACUUUGACAUUGAUGUGAAUGCCUCUGUGUUUGAAACCAACAUACGAGUGGUAGGAGGACUUCUGUCUGCUCACCUGCUAUCGAAGAAGGCUGGGGUGGAAGUAGAAGCCGGAUGGCCCUGUUCUGGACCUCUCCUGAGGAUGGCUGAAGAGGCGGCCCGAAAGCUCCUCCCAGCCUUUCAGACCCCCACCGGCAUGCCAUAUGGAACUGUGAACCUGCUUCAUGGUGUGAACCCGGGAGAGACCCCUGUUACCUGUACGGCAGGGAUUGGGACCUUCAUUGUGGAAUUCGCCACCCUAAGCAGCCUCACUGGUGACCCUGUGUUUGAAGACGUGGCCAGAGUGGCCCUGAUGCGUCUCUGGGAGAGCCGGUCAGAUAUUGGGCUGGUUGGCAACCACAUUGAUGUGCUCACUGGCAAGUGGGUGGCCCAGGACGCGGGCAUCGGGGCUGGUGUGGACUCCUACUUUGAGUACCUGGUGAAAGGAGCCAUCCUGCUUCAGGAUACAAAGCUCAUGGCUAUGUUCCUAGAAUACAACAAAGCCAUUCGGAAUUACACCCGCUUUGAUGACUGGUACCUGUGGGUGCAGAUGUACAAGGGGACUGUGUCCAUGCCGGUCUUCCAGUCCUUGGAAGCCUACUGGCCUGGUCUGCAGAGCCUCAUUGGGGACAUUGACAAUGCCAUGAGGACCUUCCUUAACUACUACACUGUAUGGAAGCAGUUUGGGGGGCUCCCGGAAUUCUACAACAUUCCUCAGGGAUACACGGUGGAGAAACGAGAGGGUUACCCACUUCGGCCGGAACUCAUUGAGAGCGCCAUGUACCUCUACCGUGCUACGGGGGAUCCCACCCUCCUAGAACUUGGGAGAGAUGCUGUGGAGUCCAUUGAAAAAAUCAGCAAGGUGGAGUGUGGAUUUGCAACGAUCAAAGACCUGCGUGACCACAAGCUUGACAACCGCAUGGAGUCUUUCUUCCUGGCUGAGACUGUGAAAUACCUCUACCUCCUGUUUGACCCAUCCAACUUCAUUCACAACAAUGGUUCCACCUUCGAUGCAGUGAUCACCCCCUACGGGGAGUGCAUCUUGGGGGCUGGGGGCUACAUCUUCAACACAGAAGCGCACCCCAUUGACCCCGCCGCCCUGCACUGUUGCCGGAGGCUGAAGGAAGAGCAGUGGGAGGUAGAGGACUUGAUGAGGGAAUUCUACUCUCUUAAACGGAAUAGGUCAAGAUUUCAGAAAACUAUAAGCUCAGGGCCAUGGGAACCCCCAGCAAGGCCAGGGACAUUCUCCUCACCAGGGACCCACGACGAGGCGAGGGAGAAGCCUGCCAGGCGGAGAGUCCCGCUUCUCAGCUGCCCUAGUCAGCCCUUUACCUCGAAGCUGGCGUUACUGGGACAGGUUUUCCUGGAUUCCUCGUAACUGCUGGAUGCUUUUCUUGUUCUGUUUUUGAAACUAGACUAGAACAAUAAAUCUGCUUUUGACUGUCACGUUUUUCUAUUUUA